AUGCCGGCGAAGUCGAGAUUUACAAGGCUUGAUGCCUUUACAAAGACGGUCGACGAGGCACGCAUUCGAACUACCUCCGGCGGAAUCGUCACCAUCGUGUCGUUGAUUGUCGUUUUUUGGCUGGCUUGGGGAGAAUGGGUCGACUACCGGAGGAUAGAGAUCCAUCCUGAGCUCAUUGUCGAUCAGGGAAGAGGCGAACGCAUGGAGAUUCAUCUCAACAUGACGUUUCCCAAAAUGCCCUGCGAACUUCUUACCCUCGAUGUUAUGGAUGUUUCUGGCGAGCAGCAGCACAGUGUUAUUCACGGUGUCAGUAAGGUUCGCCUUCGCUCUCAAAAGGAGGGAGGCGGCGUCAUUGAUGUCAAGGCCCUGAACCUCCACUCUCGCGAAGAUUCCGCCCAGCACCUGGACCCCAACUAUUGCGGCCCCUGCUACGGCGCCCCGGCUCCCGCGAACGCGCAGAAGCCUGGCUGCUGUAACACCUGCGAGGAAGUUAGGGAGGCGUAUGCGCAGGCCUCGUGGGCCUUCGGUAAGGGCGAAAAUGUCGAGCAGUGCACUCGCGAGCAUUACGCCGAGAAGCUGGAGGAGCAGCGCCAGGAGGGAUGCCGUAUUGAAGGCAGCCUGCGUGUCAACAAGGUUGUUGGAAACUUCCACCUUGCCCCCGGCCGCAGCUUCAGCAACGGAAAUAUGCACGUUCACGACCUCAAAAACUACUGGGACACUCCUAGCGAUGCCCAGCACGAUUUCACCCAUAUCAUUCACACUCUCCGCUUCGGUCCCCAGUUGCCUGAUGCCGCCACCAAGAAGAUGUCAAAGCGAGCCUACCAGUGGACUAACCACCAUGGCAACCCGCUCGACAACACCCACCAGGAGACCAAUGACCCCAACUACAACUUCAUGUACUUUGUAAAGAUCGUGCCCACUUCAUACCUUUCGCUUAACUGGCAGAAAACGGCCUCUGUCGGGCAAGAUGAAAGCUAUGGGCUGGGUCUACUCGGUCAUAUGGGCGAUGGCAGCGUUGAGACUCACCAAUAUUCUGUGACGAGCCACAAGCGUAGCUUGGCUGGCGGUGAUGACUCUGCAGAGGGCCAUCAAGAGCGCCUUCACUCCCGGGGUGGUAUUCCAGGUGUCUUCUUUUCCUACGACAUCUCCCCCAUGAAAGUUAUCAACCGCGAGGAGCGCGCAAAAACGUUCACUGGAUUCUUGACUGGGCUUUGCGCCAUUGUCGGUGGUACUUUGACUGUCGCUGCUGCCGUUGAUCGCGGUGUCUUUGAGGGAGGACUGCGCAUCAAGAAAAUGCGCUCCAAGGACCAGUAG